AUGAGACCCAACUCAUAUCGAACCACUUCUUAUAACCAUCAACAACCAUCUCAACCUCAACCUCAACCUCAAUUCACUUACCAAUCUCAAUACAGACCAAACUCAUCAACAACACCUCAUUCUAGAUCAAAAGAUGAAACAAGAGAAGAAAGAGAUCUUAGAUUGGCUCUUUUGGCUUCACAAGAAGAUCAUCAACAACAUUUAAUCGAAUUAGAAAGACGUGAAAGAUUAAUGAUGGAAAAAGUAAGAAAUGAAUCAGAAGUGGCUGAACUUGAUAGAAAAGAAAUAGAAAAAGUUAGAUUGGCUAGUAUUGAAGAAUCAGAACGAAAGAUUUUAGAAAGGGUUUUAAGAGAAAGUCAAUUACAAUCACCUCAACAGCGAAAUCCGAUUGACGAUGAUGAUGAUGAUCAAUAUCAAUUAGAACUUGCACUGGCUAUCAGUUUGAAUGAAUCAAGUACUUCUCAAGGAAAUGUAUUCGAAAACUCAUCAUCUAAACGACUUAAUAAUCUUCAUCAUCUUCAAACUUCACAUCCUGCACCUCUUAGGUCAACUCAAUCUGCUUCCACCUUGGAACAUUCGACGUCUCGGUCUUCUUUCACAACAGCUCUUACUGGCGUGGACGAAUCGGAUACCUUUAAUCAUGCCAUUCAACGUCGAUCUACUGAAACUUUUCAAUCUAAUUUAUCUUCUUAUCAGUCAUCUUCGUCUUUCAUAGCUCCACAGAACACUCGUCAUUCAAUAUCACCUCAAGAAUGUCCACCUCCAUAUGAUGAUAUUGGACCAUCAAUCGCAUCUCAAACAGAUCCUCAAUCUUCAAUUCACUUUCCAGAUCCUUCUGGUUGCACCCCCAAUCAUUCACCACCACAGUCGCUUAGUAGGGAUCAUGCUCUUACACCUACUGGCACGAGAUGUGAACUUCAAUCGAAUCAUACCAUCAGGCGGCAUUCUAGACCAUUACCAAAACCACCAUCUCGACCCAACUCUCAAGCACAACCUUAUCCUCUCGAUCCUAGUAAUCAACGCACCACUUCCAAUGAUUCACAUUCACUUGGUCUCUCUACACCAGACCCUAGAAGUCAAUCGCCCUCUAUGACAAGAGUUUCUCUUCCAUACUCUACUUCAGACUUGAUAUCUAAUCUACCAGCUACUCCUAUCGGAGAAAUCCUCAAUCCAUUUGAAGAUUGUUAUGCUGCUUCUCCGAUAGAACAUGAGGAUUUGCAAACGAGUUUAAUGGAGAGACCAGCUCUUUUGAUUCGGACAAGAUCAGAUCAAUUUGUUUCGUUUCCUGACUUUCGAAAUGAUCAGGAACAUCAUCCAACAAAUUCUAGGUCAUCUUCUGCCACCCAGUCUCGUCAAGAAGAAGAAGAAGAGGAUGAAGCCAUUAAAGAAGCAUUGAUACGUGCUAGAAGAGCAAGUAAUUACUCUGCGUCUUUCAUCGUUUCAGAAAAUGAGGAAUGUGAUAUAUUUGGACAUCGGGAUGAAACUCCAAUCCAAUCACCUUCAUCAUCCACAUCUUUUUCAGAUAAUUCUUCAAGAACGUUUGUUUGUAAUCCAAAACCGUCUGGAUCACUUUCAGAUGGAAUCAAGUAUGGAAGGAUUGGUGGAUUAUAUGAUCAACUUGAUUCAGGUCAAUUUCCAGAUCUUGGAAUUGGAAUCAACUUUUAA